GCGCGGGGCCGUGGGGCGCAGGCUGCUGGAGAAGGCGCACCUGCUGCAGGUGCUCCCGGCCGCCCCGGACCAGCGAGCGCCGGCACUGCGGCGGGGAGGAUGCUGCGCGAGCGGACCGUGCGGCUGCAGUACGGGAGCCGCGUGGAGGCGGUGUACGUGCUGGGCACCUACCUCUGGACCGAUGUCUACAGCGCGGCCCCAGCUGGGGCCCAAACCUUCAGCCCGAAGCACUCGGAACGCGUGUGGGUGGAGGUGGUGCGUGAUGGGGAGGCUGAGGAGGUGGCCACCAAUGGCAAGCAGCGCUGGCUUCUCUCGCCCAGCACCACCCUGCGGGUCACCAUGAGCCAGGCAAGCACCGAGGCCAGCAGUGACAAGGUCACCGUCAACUACUAUGACGAGGAAGGGAGCAUUCCCAUCGACCAGGCGGGGCUCUUCCUCACGGCCAUUGAGAUCUCCCUGGAUGUGGACGCAGACCGGGAUGGCGUGGUGGAGAAGAACAACCCAAAGAAGGCAUCCUGGACCUGGGGCCCUGAGGGCCAGGGGGCCAUCCUGCUGGUGAACUGUGAUCGAGAGACACCCUGGUUGCCUAAGGAGGACUGCCGUGAUGAGAAGGUCUACAGCAAGGAAGAUCUCAAGGACAUGUCCCAGAUGAUCCUGCGGACCAAAGGCCCGGACCGCCUCCCCGCCGGAUACGAGAUAGUUCUGUACAUUUCCAUGUCAGACUCAGACAAAGUGGGCGUGUUCUACGUGGAGACUCUACAGGGCAUAAAGAAAUUCCUUCUGGAACUGCAUAGGGUCCUACCUCCAUGCCUUUACCAAUACCCGUUCUUCGGCCAACGCUAUAUCCACAUCUUGGGCCGGCGGAAGCUCUACCAUGUGGUCAAGUACACGGGUGGCUCCGCGGAGCUGCUGUUCUUCGUGGAAGGCCUCUGUUUCCCCGAUGAGGGCUUCUCAGGCCUGGUCUCCAUCCAUGUCAGCCUGCUGGAGUACAUGGCCCAGGACAUUCCCCUGACGCCCAUCUUCACGGACACCGUGAUAUUCCGGAUUGCUCCAUGGAUCAUGACCCCCAACAUCCUGCCUCCCGUGUCGGUGUUUGUGUGCUGCAUGAAGGAUAAUUACCUGUUCCUGAAAGAGGUGAAGAACCUGGUGGAGAAAACCAACUGUGAGCUGAAGGUCUGCUUCCAGUACCUAAACCGAGGCGAUCGCUGGAUCCAGGAUGAAAUUGAGUUUGGCUACAUCGAGGCCCCCCAUAAAGGCUUCCCUGUGGUGCUGGACUCCCCCCGAGAUGGAAACCUAAAGGACUUCCCUGUGAAGGAGCUCCUGGGCCCAGAUUUUGGCUACGUGACCCGGGAGCCCCUCUUUGAGUCCGUCACCAGCCUUGACUCGUUUGGAAACCUGGAGGUCAGUCCCCCAGUGACCGUGAACGGGAAGACAUACCCGCUUGGCCGCAUCCUCAUCGGGAGCAGCUUUCCUCUGUCUGGUGGUCGGAGGAUGACCAAGGUGGUGCGUGACUUCCUGAAGGCCCAGCAGGUGCAGGCGCCCGUGGAGCUCUACUCGGACUGGCUGACCGUGGGCCACGUGGAUGAGUUCAUGUCCUUUGUCCCCAUCCCCGGCACAAAGAAAUUCCUGCUGCUCAUGGCCAGCACCUCGGCCUGCUACAAGCUCUUCCGAGAGAAGCAAAAGGACGGCCAUGGAGAGGCCAUCAUGUUCAAAGGCUUGGGUGGGAUGAGCAGCAAGCGAAUCACCAUUAACAAGAUUCUGUCCAACGAGAGCCUCGUGCAGGAGAACCUGUACUUCCAGCGCUGCCUGGACUGGAACCGUGACAUCCUCAAGAAGGAGCUGGGACUGACAGAGCAGGACAUCAUUGACCUGCCUGCUCUGUUCAAGAUGGACAAGGACCAACGUGCCAGAGCCUUCUUCCCAAACAUGGUGAACAUGAUCGUGCUGGACAAGGACCUGGGCAUCCCCAAGCCGUUCGGGCCACAGGUCGAGGAGGAAUGCUGCCUGGAGAUGCAUGUGCGCGGCCUCCUGGAGCCCCUGGGCCUCGAAUGCACCUUCAUCGAUGACAUUUCUGCCUACCACAAAUUUCUGGGGGAGGUCCACUGCGGCACCAACGUCCGCAGGAAGCCCUUCACCUUCAAGUGGUGGCACAUGGUGCCCUGACCUGCCAGGGGCCCUGGCGUUUGCCUCCUUCCCUGAGUUCUCCAGACCCCCCCUCACAUGCCCAGAGCCUUCUGCUGACAUGGACUGGACAGCCCCGCUGGGAGACCUUUGGGACAUGGGGUGGAAUUUGGGGUAUCUGUGCCUUGCCCUCCCCGAGAGGGACCUCAGUGUCCUCUGAAGCCAUCCCCAGUGAGCCUCGACUCUGUCCCUGCUGAAAAUAGCUGGGCCAGUGUCUCUAUAGCCCUGACAUAAGGAACAGAACAAAACAAAACACAGCAAACCAUGUGCCCAAACCGUUCCCCAAAGAAUUUUGAGUCUCUAGUCUGACACUGAAUGAGGGGAGAUGGGAAGGAGAUUCUGGGAUCGCCAGUUCUUCCAGCAGCCAUGCUCUGAAAAUCAAGGUAGAAUCCACGGAAAGGGACCCCAGGACCCCGGGACCCUAGACGUAUCUUGAACUGCCAUCGUCAUUUCAAAUCCAUCUCCCUCAGGGUUUCCAGGUGGCCACCCCCAAUUAUUCAUUCCUUACCAACCUCUCAAAUCCUCUUGGCUUUCACUCUGCAGUGUGGACACUGUUGGCUAGUCCUCCCCACUCCCUGAGGAUCCAGUAAGUUAGCUUAGAACCUUCCUGGAAACAUUUCAUCUGAGCAGGUUUCCCCACGUGUGGGAUGCUCCUUUUGCCUCAUCUGUCUCAGGGAUGCAGGCUCCCCCGCAUGCAUGGGGAUUUCUCCCCAGACCAGCAUACUUGUGACCUGAGAGUUCAAUGUGUAAAGAUGCCCCUGGUCAGCCAUAUCCAUCUUCUCUUGCCUGGUCCUUGAUUCUCUGGCCACUCCCUGACCUUCCUUCUCCCACUGCCUUGACUUUCUUCCUUUUUAUUCCUGGUGCCAUCUGUCCAGGCAGCUAGACAAGAACCUGUUCACCAGCAGCCAGAUUCAGGCCUUCCCCAGGGCGUAAUAAGUGACCAGCCCCUCCUCCCCGGACAUCAGAUCCAACACAUGAGGACCCUGGCCGACCCUCCAGCCCAACAGCCAGUUCUGGGUCAGCUGCCAACUUAGGGGUGGUUUGAUUAUCCCAUUGAAAUUCACCAGUGCAUUUGCCAAAGACCCUCUCAUUUGGACAUAUCCAGAUUCAUUCCCUGGCUCCAACUGAAAAGACUCAGUUUCAAUCUUUAAAAGUUCCUUUAGGGCCAGAAGAAUAAAUGAAUUAUAAUCCCAUUUUGAAGAACCAAUUUACAACCAAUGAAAAGGUUAUAAUGUAAUUUAUAUUCUUGGAGGAACAAGAUUUUCAUUUGGGAUUAUUUCAUUCAACCAUUCAACAAACAUUUGUUGUAUGCCACUAAGCACCAGGCAUGGCGUUGGGCUCUGCAAACACAGUGGUUAGUAGCAGUCUGGACCUGGUCCCUACUGGCAUGGAACCCAUCAGUCCCCAGCAUGCAAAGCCCACAUUUAAAGGCCAGCCUCUGCCCCUUCAGUGAUGCGCUCUUUAGAAAUGCCAGUCCACUAUAUUCAGAAAUCCGCAGGGCACAAAACUUCCAGCAAGUCACUGUUGUGGUGAAAUGGGCGGUGGCGGGGGGGUCUUCUUUAAAUAGGCCCCCUUCCCAUCUAGCUGGCCAGUACCCAUCCAGUGAGUCCCCAGGGCCUCCCGAAGCUGUUGUCUCCUCUCUGGGGAUAGCAGCUCCUGCCUUUGGAGGCCAAAGCCCCAGAUCUCUCCAGCCCCAGAGCUGAAAACACCAAGUGCCUAUUUGAGGGUGUCUGUCUGGAGACUUAGAGUUUGUCAUGUGUGUGUGUGUUUGGUUAAUGUGGGUUUAUGGGUUUUCUUUCAUUUCUUUUUUUUCAGUCUACAUUAGGGGGAAGUGAGCACCUCCCAUGUGCAGACAGUGUGUCUUUAUAGAUUUUUCUAAGGCUUUCCCCAAUGAUGUCGGUAAUUUCUGAUGUUUCUGAAGCUCCCAGGACUCACACACCUGUUCCCAUCUCACUUGCCCACCCAGUGUGACGACCCUUGGUGUGGAUGUACCCCCGUGGGCUCAUGGCUCUUCCCCACCCCCACUUUCUAUAAAUGUAGGCCUAGAAUAUGCUUCUCUGUUGCAAAACUCAGCUAAGUUCCUGUUUCCACCUUGAUGUUGAAAUAUCUUAUGUAAGAGGGCAGGGGAUGUCGUGAAGAUGGCAAGAAGAACACAGUUUCAAAUUUCUGGAAAAGAGCCUGUGGUGGAGAUCUAAAGAUGUUUAGGGAAGAGCUUGACUAAAGAACAAUGAAAUAAAUGGUCCAAGGGGAAGUCA